UAUUGGAGAAAGGGAUGGAGAAAAUUUGGAUUGGUGCAAAGGUUUCAGAAUCUUCCCAGUGUGGAAUAGAUAUGAUCAAUAGUCAUGGCAUGCUAUUGGCAUUGCUGGUGCAUAGGAAGUAAUAGAAAUUUGGGAGGAAUAGAAUGGGCUGUCUUCCAUCCCUGAAAUCUUGAAAAAGACAACGCUCGAUUAUAGUUGCCAUUUCUUCUAUGCUAUUACCAGUUUUGAAUGAUUGAAGUCAUACACAUGACCAGACUAUGACUUCAUAUUAUAAAAUAGGAGGGAUGAUAUAAAAUGCAGAUGGGGUGAAUUUAAGAGAAUAUAAGUGCAUUAGUGGGGAAAUUACAUCUAUCUGCUUACAUAGAUUAUCAUCCUACCUUCAUUUAUCCAGACACUUGUUAAAACCUGGGCUUUCUGAGAGAGAGAGAGAGAGAGAGAGCAAUUUGGAAGAUAUCUACAAGCUUUCCUUUAAAAAAACCUCAUUCCUUUGCAAUAUUUGCAGAAGUAGUUUGCCAUUGCCUUAUUCCUAGAGCUGAGACAAUAACUGGCCCAGAAUCACCCAGCUAGUUUUCAUGCUUGAACAGCUCACACUCAGCUGGUUUCUAACUGAGUAUCCUUAAUCACGAUAUCAGUGUUUCUCAACCUUAGCAACUGUAAGUUGUCUGAACUUUAAUACCCAGAAUUUCUCAGUCAGCAAUUCUGGGAGUUGAAAUCCAUCCAUCUUAAAAUUGCCAAGGUUGGGAAACACUGCACUAUAUCAAAUUGGCUCUUGAAUAUAGUCUUAAAUUAUCUUGAAUAUUCAUAUUUCAAUCCAUUGUUUCCAUUUUUGUUACAUCUUUGGUCAUAUCAUACCUUUGGUUUGAUCUAGUAUGCCUUCUUAGUGCUGAUGUUUCUUAGCCAAACCACAAUAUAGAAGCCACAGUAUGUGACAUGCUCUCUUAGGAGACUUUAUAUUUGGAAAAACAUUGGACAAACUGAGUCUGUAGUCAAUCAUAUUUUUAUGCAUAAAAUAAGCGUAGCAACUGAACUGAGAAUUGUGUUCUGAUAAAAUAUCUGAAUUUGCACACACAACCAGAAAGUUAACAACACCGGUAAAGUUGGUAGGACAACAUCACAUUUUGCAAUUAUUCUUGUUGUCCUAUGGCUAUCCUCAUAUAUUAAAAAGAGCAAGAAAGGUGAAUAUAUCAAUUCACCAAUUGUGAAUUCACGUUUCAACUAAAAAGGAAACAAGCCAAUUUUAUAUAUAUACUGUUAAAUCGGGCUGUGUUUUAAAUCUGGGUUUCCUUUGUCUUAUUUUUCAGAGUUGGUUAAAAAACUACGGUUAUCUGCUUCCAUCUGAUACAAGAAUGUCUGCUUUGCUCUCAGGAAAAGUUAUGCAGUCUGCAGUCACCACUAUGCAGCAGUUUUAUGGCAUCCCUGUAACAGGAAUGUUGGAUCACACCACUAUUGAAUCAACAUUCUCAACCUUGACAAUUUUAAGAUGAGAGGACUUCAACUCCCAGAGUUCUCAGAAUAGGCAGAGGUGGAUGAAGAAACCUCGCUGUGGUGUUCCUGAUCAUCCCCAUCUAAGCCAUCGACGAAGGAUUAAGCGAUAUGCACUAACUGGACAAAAAUGGAGGCAGAAGCAUAUUACCUACAGCGUGCACAACUACACCCCCAAGGUUGGAGAACUUGAUACAAGGAAAGCCAUCCGACAAGCAUUUGAUGUUUGGCAGAGAGUGACUCCACUUACCUUUGAAGAAGUUCCUUACCAUGAAAUAAAAAGUGACAGAAAAGAGGCGGAUAUCAUGAUAUUUUUUGCUUCUGGUUUCCAUGGAGAUAGCUCUCCUUUUGAUGGGGAGGGUGGAUUUCUAGCUCAUGCUUAUUUUCCUGGACCAGGAAUAGGAGGUGAUACUCAUUUUGACUCAGAUGAGCCAUGGACACUGGGAAAUUCUAACCAUGAUGGAAAUGAUCUUUUUCUGGUUGCAGUACAUGAAUUGGGUCAUGCAUUAGGCCUUGAGCAUUCCAAUGACCCUAGUGCUAUUAUGGCUCCUUUUUAUCAGUACAUGGAGACACACAACUUUAAGUUACCCCAAGAUGACCUUCAAGGAAUUCAGAAGAUAUAUGGUCCACCUGCUGAGCCACUGGAACCCACCAGACCUUUACCAACCCUUCCUGUCCGCAGAAUCCAUUCAACUUCAGAAAGAAAACAUGACAGACAUUCACGGCCUCCCAGGCCUCCUUUAGGGGACAGGCCUUCUGCUCCAGGCAGCAAACCCAACAUAUGUGAUGGAAAUUUCAAUACUGUGGCUCUGUUCCGAGGAGAAAUGUUUGUUUUCAAGGACCGCUGGUUUUGGCGCCUUCGUAACAGUCGAGUACAAGAGGGUUAUCCCAUGCAAAUUGAGCAAUUCUGGAAAGGGCUCCCAGCAAAAAUUGAUGCUGCCUAUGAAAGAUCUGAUGGCAAAUUUGUUUUCUUUAAAGCGCUCCAUGGCAUAGGGCCGGGUUACUUACGGGACCGCCUGCUGCUACCGAAUACCUCUCACCGACCCGUGCGCUCUCACAGGGAGGGACUCCUCAGGGUGCCGUCGGCGCGACAGUGUCGUCUGGCGACACCCAGGGGAAGGGCCUUCUCUGUGGGGCUCUCACUCUGGUACGAACUCCCCCCAGGACUUCGUCAACUUCCGGACCUCCGAACCUUUCGCCGCGAGCUUAAAACUUACUUAUUUAUCUGCGCUGGCCUGGGAGAUAAGUAUUGGGUUUUUAAGGAAGUGACUGCAGAACCAGGAUAUCCGCACAGCCUAGUGGAGUUGGGCAGCUGUCUUCCCCGGGAAGGGAUUGACACAGCUUUACGGUGGGAACCUGUAGGCAAAACAUACUUCUUCAAAGGAGAUAAAUACUGGAGGUAUAAUGAAGACAAGAGAGCAACAGAUCCAGGCUACCCCAAGCCAAUCACUGUAUGGAAAGGGAUUCCCCAAGCUCCACAAGGGGCUUUUGUCAGCAAAGAAGGCUUUUAUACUUACUUUUAUAAGGGUAAGGAAUACUGGAAAUUUGAUAACCAGAGGCUGACUGUGGAGCCAGGGUAUCCUAGAUCGAUUCUCAAAGACUGGAUGGGUUGCAACCAGAAGGAAGUUGAACGAAGCAAAGACCGACGCCUGUCUCAUGAUGAUGUUGAUAUUAUGGUAACUAUAAACGAUGUGCCUAGCACCGUUAACGCAAUUGCAGUUGUGAUCCCCUGCAUUUUAUCUCUGUGUAUCCUUGUCUUGGUAUACACAAUAUUCCAGUUCAAAAAUAAAGAGGUCCAGCAAAGCGUGACAUACUACAGAAGACCUGUCCAGGAAUGGGUAUGACAAGUUCAGGAGCUCAUUUGGUUCAUGAGAGGAUGAUGAUGAUGAUGGGCUGCAGACAUUAGAAGGCGGUUUGAUGGAUAGCCUGCCAAACAACUUCUUCAAGAGAUGUGAGUCAGAGAAUUCUGGGACUGAAAACAAAAACAAAAAUCAACUAAACCCAGGUGGCCUUGCACUGUAGAGCCGCUUUCCUUCUGACUGCCUCAGUGCCGUGUGUCUCAGUAUGACAUAUUUGACCAACCUACUCAGUGAGUGUUGGGAGACCUCAAGAGAAGUUUGCUUCAACCUUUUUUCAAUUCACUUGAGCAAUCUUCUUCAGUGCCCUCUUUUAAACCCAGCAUUUGCCAGUGUAGCCAACCACCUAUUGAAUCUUUUUUUCUACACUUGCCUCAUAAAAAAAGACAGUUCUGUGGGUCACAAAAGGAACAUUUCAGUACCUUCUGAAGAGGACAUUCUGAGGCUUAGUCAUUCUGAAAGAUUUUAAUUUAUUACAGGAUCCAGGCAAUUACCUGAAUACCAUUUUUUUUCCAAUACCUGCUGGUCAGAUGUUUUGUACAUUCAUGGUAAUGUUUCCACUCUUCAGCAACAAACACAAGAGCUCUUAAGAGGUAAUUUUGUGUAGACCACAACUUCCAACAGCUCUAAUGUCAUUUCAGAUCACCAAAACUAACAGAAAUGAAAUUUCUGAAUUCAACUAGUCUGCAAGACUAAAAAAUUGAAUUUACAAACACUAAGGAUGUGAAUGCAGACCUUAAUGAUCUUGUUUUUAAUAACGUGUCAUGUAAUAAAUAUUUAAAUGUCAUAUUACCACUAUUUUAAGUUGGCAACAAUAAAUUGUUACCAUUAUAAGAUGAAAUGUAUGUUCCAUAUUUUCACCCAUUUAUAUAAGAGAAAAUAAAUCACAUAUGCAUUAGAAUAGUAAAAUUUGUGGGCAAGUUUGCAAUGGGAAUUUGGUUUGCAAUGAUGGAAAGAGUGACAUAAAUCAAGAACGAUAUUUUAAAGCUUGUAAUUUUAAAAUUUGACAGUGUAAUUAAGCCACUGUUUAUUGACAUUAGUAUGUUUAAAUACAAGGAAAAUAAGGGGUGCAAAACAUGACUAAGGGAGAGAUAAAGGCCUUCAAAAGAUUAGAGCUGGAUAGAGCCCUGCCUGUCAAUAUCCUUGGCUUCACCUGCAGCCUGCCUUCCCUUAGGUAUUGCAACUCAGAAUGGGAUAAUUUGCCAUGGCCAACUCGCCGCUGCCAAUUUGCUAUGGCCAACUCUCCACGGGACAGCUCACUGUGGGACAAUUUAACCAUUCAAUCUAAAACAAUUAAAAAUUAUUUUAUUUUUUGCCAUUCACAUUUCAUUUUGUCCCUCCUUUUGCAUCCUUUCUUUAAUGAUUCUAUUCUACCAUUUCUUCGAUAUUAGUGUAACUCUUGUCCUGCAGCGAGUUGGCCAUGGUGUUUUCUCAUGGCGAGUUGGCUGUGGCAAGUUGUCCUAGACCCAUUGCAGCCAAUGUCCAGAGAUUCAAACAUAGCUUGAAGGAAGUAAGAAAAGGAGGUGCUGAAAUCAAUGGACAGAGGGAUUUUAAUUGCAUUUUUAAAUUUAUGAUUUUUAUUUUAUAUGGCAUUUUAUUCAAUGUCUGCAGGUUGCCUAGUCACCUUUGGUGAAAUGGGUAGCAUACAAAUUUGACAAAUAAAUGGAUAGGCCAGCGCAUAAGUGGAAGAGAGUGGGAAAGAGAAGCAGGCAUACCAGUCUUGCCCUAUUUAGUCUCCCAGUAGGCCUUCUCUGGAAUUUGUCUCAGCCAAAACCCUUACCCUCUUAAAUUGCAGACACUCAGGCAAGUUAGGAAAAACUUAUAAGGCAGUUUCAUAUUCAGUACAAAAUAUUUUGUUUUGGAUAGCACCUAAACAAGGCAAUCCUAAACAUUGGUAUGUUAGAUCCAAAAGAGUAUAGACAAAAGGUAAUGUUUUUGUCAUGUUCUCAUCCUAAAACCCUGCCUCUUCCAAAGGGAUGCUGAAUGGACUAUGUUAUGGGAUUAUGGGAAUUUCCCCAAGUGGCAUAACAAUUUAUGUGAGCAAGUUCUCACACAUGGAAGGUAGUACAGUCCUCUCCUCAGAAAUUUUUCUUACUCUUGUCAGAAAAGUUGAACUAGAUGGUGGCUACACAAUGCCAAUUCUAUCAAGAGAAUAGGAAUAUAUAAUCCAUUAGCAGAAUGAAGGCUGUUCCCAGAUUUUGUAAUUUUUACGUAGAUCCACUGAAAUCAAAGUGGCAAGUUUUUAAUGAAUGCAAAUAUAUUGCUUUCAAUCUUUCUACUAGGCAAUAACUAAAUAAAGGAUGAAAAGGUGCAGCUUUCCCAAAUUUUCACUGAUUCUAUUGUAUAAAUCCACUCCAAGCUGUCUUUUUUCAGCUGGGCUGAAAUAUUAAAGCUCAGCUGGGGAAAAAUGAUUGAAAAUUAUUCAAGAGAAAAGUUAAAGAAAACAGAUAUGGUAAAGAUUAAAGACUCAUAUUUGACCCAUAAGUAUUACAGAAAAGAAAAACUAGAAUGGAUAACUAAUUUGCUUUUCAAAUUGUUAAUUCUGUCUCAACACCAACAUUGGAUUACUAAAAAUUAUACUAAUGUAUAUGUAUGUUGUAACUGAGAACAUACCAAAUAGUUUAGCUUUAAGAAAGAUUGUAAAGCAUUUAACAAUACAGAUUAAAAGGCAAUGGUUUUUAGGGGAAGCAUGUUGAUGUAGCCUUGGAGAUACCUUUUUUGUGCAUUCAACAUGAAAUGCAGUACAGAAUGUACGUGAUAGUAAUGUGCUAUUAUUAUGUACCAAAUUGGUAUGAGCACACCAUCAAGCAC